CAAAUUCACGGCUCGAAGAACCAGACAGCAACCAGCACCCGACAUUACUGACCGAUUCUGUCCACAUUUACUGCUCUGGAAACAAAAAUAAAUCUCGAGUUCAGUCAUCAUGUCAGACGACGAUUUUAUGCAGGCCUCCGACGAGGAGUACGAUUUCGAGUACGAAGAUGAAGAGGAAGAGGACAACGGCGACGUCGACAUCGAGAACAAGUACUACAAUGCGAAGCAGACCAAGAUAUCCGACCCAGAGGAGGCGUUAGAAGAGUUUCUUGGCAUACCGGCAUUAGAAUCAGAGAAGGGAGAAUGGGGUUUCAAGGCGCUCAAGCAGGCCAUCAAAUUGGAGUUCAAGCUCCAGCGUUAUGAAAAGGCCACAGAGCAUUACAGGGAGCUAUUGACAUAUGUGAAAUCGGCAGUGACGAGGAACUACUCAGAGAAGUCGAUCGACAACAUGCUCAACUUCAUUGAAAAGGGCGCGGACAACCCCGAGGCGGUCCAGUGUAUUGAGCAGUUCUACUCGCUCACCCUCCAAUGCUUCCAGAGUACCAACAAUGAGCGGCUGUGGCUCAAGACGAACAUCAAGCUAGCCAAGCUGCUCCUCGACCGCAAGGACUACCACGCCGUUGGGCGGAAGCUUAGGGAGCUCCACAAGGUGUGCCAAAAGGAGGACGGUACCGACGACCCGAGCAAGGGCACGUAUUCGCUCGAGAUCUACGCCCUCGAGAUUCAGAUGUACUCCGAGACACGCAACAACAACCAGCUCAAGGCGCUCUACCAGAAAGCACUCAGGGUCCGCUCGGCGGUGCCCCACCCCAAGAUCCAGGGCGUGAUACGCGAGUGCGGCGGCAAGAUGCACAUGAGCGAGGAGAAUUGGAACUCGGCGCAGAUCGACUUCUUUGAGGCAUUUCGCAACUACGACGAAGCCGGCGAUCUGCGCCGGAUACAGGUCCUCAAAUACCUGCUCCUCGUCACCAUGCUCAUGAAGUCGGACAUCAACCCCUUUGACAGCCAGGAGACCAAGCCCUACAAGAACGACCCGCGCAUCGCUGCCAUGACGGAACUCGUCGACGCCUACCAGCGCGAUGACAUCUUCAAGUACGAGGAGGUUCUGCAGAAGAAUACAGACUUGCUCGCCGACCCCUUCAUCGCCGAGAACAUCGACGAGGUGACGCGUAACAUGCGCACCAAGGGUGUCCUCAAGCUGAUCGCGCCGUACACGCGCAUGCGUCUCUCCUGGAUUGCCGAGCGCCUGCGCAUCAGCGAGCCCGAGGCCCAGGACAUCGUCAGCUACCUGAUCGUCGACGGCCGCGUCCGGGGCCGCAUCGACGAGCACAACGGCACCGUCGAGAUCGAGUCGGAGGGGGAUGCCGAGCGCGCCAAGGCCAUCGAGGCCAUGGCGUUGGCCGUAAAGGACCUGUACACCGCGGUGUUCAAGGACGCCGACGGCUUCCGCUUGGUCGGCGAGAUGGCCGGCGCCGCCGGUUUCGGCGACUCGAUGGGCGAUUUCGGCGGUGCGUUCGGGCAUCCCGAUCGGGACAGAGCUCGCGGGGGGAGAGGAGGGCGGGCCCAGCGCCGGGGAGGCAUGAAGAGUGUUCUGGCUAUGGGGGUGCAUUAGAGACCGACAUGAGGGCCCGCCAGCGGUGCCCAGCUUCGGCAGGGAAGUAACGAGUUUCAUGAGCAGCAUCACUACAUGGCCAAGGGAU